CCGGAGCUGUGAGCAUCUACCUAGCUAGUACUGCAGAUUUCCUUGCACCACAGAGGCGGGGCAAACGGGAAGGGGGAGGAUGAGUGUGCGAGCACCACCGCCGCCGACCAUGCCGGAGUCCGACUGGGCGAUCAGGCGGAUCCGCAAGGAACUGAAGCUGCUCUGGCUCGACCCCCCGGCGUUCUGUCGGCCCGGCCCGGCGCCCGUGACGGAUCUGUUCCACUGGGAGGUGGUCAUCGACGGGCCCGACGGCAGCCCCUACGCCGGCGGCACGUUCCCCGUCGACGUCGCGAUCCCCAAGAAGUACCCCAUGAAGCCCAUCAAGCUCACCUUCAAAACCAAGGUGUACCAUCCCAACAUCGGGCCGGAGGGGAGGAUGGCCCUGGACAUCUUCGGGGAGUGGUGGAGCCCAGCGAUCACGAUUAGCACGGCCCUCCUGUCCGUCGUCUCCGUCCUCUACGACCCCCUGCUUGACCUCCCCGUCCGCCGCGACGCCGCCCUGCAGUACAGGGACCAGCGGGGUCUCUUCGAGCAGAAGGCCAGGCGCUGGACCCGCAGAUACGCCUCGGCGCCGGUCGCCUCCUUCUGCGCGGCAGCGGCAGGGAAGGAGGUGCUGGAGGAGGCGGCGACUAGUGGGGCGGUGGCAUGUCGUCGUUCUUGUGGAGCGGGGAAAUGGCGUUUCUUCGGGGCUCGUCUCCUUGCCAUCUAGUGCACGCCUCCAGCCGUUCACUGCGGUGAAGUUCAUUCACCACAAGAACUACAGUACUAAUUUGGUCUAGUAAUUUCGACAGAGUGGGUUGUCUUAAUUAGUCAUAUUCGGAUGCUUAUUGGCGUUGGUGUGAGCCUUGUUGCACCGCACUGAGGCGAGGUGUAGUGGUCGAUGCAUGCUCCUACGCAACUUCUGCAAACAGAAAGUAUGGUAUUUGUGCCUUUGUUCCGUGUUCUUAUUGUACUAAGUUGUGUUCGCUAUCCAAGCGAUCACAAGUAACUUUUCUCGA